AUGACCAAGAUUCGUCAUUUAUACGUCUUCAUCAUACUCGCCAUCAUCGCAGCUUGGCUGCCUGGAGUCAACGCCAGAAACUGGGUUCCUCAUCCUAAAUCCUCUACUCCAGAGUUCGUAAAGUGUAUGGAGUUUAGAAACACGCCAUGCCUAGAGCCAAGAGACCGGGAAUGGGAUCAAUAUGCCGCCACGUACAAUAUCCGAGUACCCGUGACACCAAAAUUCAUUGCAUUGCCGAGGUCCAUCGAUGAGGUCGCCCUGGCCAUGGAAUGCGUGCACAUUUGCGGUCUGACCGCCCAGGCAAAGUCGGGCGGGCACUCCUAUGGCUCCUUUAGCAACGGAGGCUUUGACGGCGAGGUCGUCGUCGACCUGCGGGAAAUGCAGACGGUCCAUGUCGACUCCAGGACCAACGUUGCCAGGGUCGAUGGUGGUCUGCGCUUGGGAAACCUGGCCGUAGCGCUGUACCAGCAAGGUGAGAGGGCUCUGGCGCAUGGCAGCUGCGCGGGUGUUGGCAUCGGAGGUCACUUUACUCACGGCGGAUAUGGAUUCGCCAGCCGUGCUUGGGGCUUGGGCUUGGAUCAGAUUAUCGGACUUGAUGUUGUCUUGGCCAACGGCUCUAUAAGGUAUGCAUCUCAAGAUAACAAUACGGAGCUCUUUUAUGGGAUGCGAGGUGCCGCCGACUCGGUCGGUAUCGCCGCCAGGUUCCAUCUCAACGCGCAAAAGGCACCAGCAGCCGUGGUAAACUUUCGACUGGAUGCCAGCGACGCGACGCACAGCACCGACGCCACUGUGGCGGCAUUCCUGACGGUCCAGGACUUUGUUCACAACAAGAAACACAAUGCCGUGGACAGUAAGCUCGGGUUCAGCAUCUCGCUGCAGUACAACCAGUUCUCGCUCAGCGGCAUCUAUCUGGGAACGCUGGAGGAAUUCAACACCAAAGUCCGGCCCGCCAUGGUCGAGGGACUGCCCAAUGCAACAGUGGAUGCAAAGCAGCUCGAUUGGUUGUCGUCGUUGGUGGAUCAAAAUGACGGCCAGCCGCUGGAAAUCGCCGAGCCCUAUACGGCGCGUGCAAAUUUCUACGCCAAGAGUGUCAUUGUUCCCGAACCUGGAUUGGACGCCGACCAAAUCAGACCUUAUAUUGAUUUCAUUUUGAAUACAGAUUCUCCCACACCAUUCUUUGCCUACUUUGACCUUUGGGGAGGUGCAGGCAGCUUCAUCAACAAACAGUAUAAACACUGGACCGCUUUCCCUCACCGCGACAGUCUAUGGGUUGCCCAACACUAUGCCUGGGUCGACAACAACGCCACGUUUCCCAAGGAAGGCAUCAACUAUAUUCACAACCUCAAUGACUUUCUAGGUCGCGCGGUCGAUACUGCUGCCAACUUUAAGCGCAUGUACAAGUCGUACUUUGGCUAUCUCGAUCCGCUCAUGCGCCCUGACAAGGCCCGGGACCGGUAUUACGAUCGAUACACGGAUAAACAGCUAAGGAUACUCAAGUCCAAGGUGGACUAUGGGAAUCGAUUCCGUAAUCCUUAUACUUUUGAGCACAAUUGA